ACUUUUUCAGCAAAGGAUAGCAAAAUGCCAGUUCGUGGAAACACUUUCAAGAUAUUUGUGGGCAAUUUGAGUGACAGGUCUACUAGUGAUGACAUUCGAGAAUUGUUUGAGCAGCAUGGCACAGUUGUAGAAUCUGAUGUUGUUAAAAACUAUGGAUUCAUCCACAUGGAAAAUGCUGAAGAGGGCAAAGCUGCAAUUGAUGCUCUAAAUUGUUUUGUUCUGCAUGGAAAGCCAAUGGUUGUGGAAGCCUCUACAGGAGCCAGGAAAGGCAACAACAAAAAGACCAAAAUUUUCGUUGGAAAUGUACACAAAGACACUCAAGUUGAUGAGCUCAAGUCGCUCUUUGUUGUUUAUGGCAAUGUUAUUGAAACUGACAUCCUCUCAAAUUAUGCUUUUGUGCACAUGUCAGAUGAGAUGGAGGCACUGCAAGCCAUCCGUAACCUGGAUGGCUAUGAGCUGCACGGCCUGAGACUGCGAGUGCAGGAGAGCACAUCACGAGUGAGGCAGACUCCAGGCAUGGGCAACCCUGAUCAAUGCUACAGGUGCGGGUCAUCAGGCCACUGGUCCAAAGAGUGCCCCAGGGACUUGCGAGGUGGCAGGGGAGGUGGUUACCCUGACCGCCCUGAGCGACGAGGCUAUGGUGCCAACCGCUACGACCCCUACCCCCCUCCCCCACCCAUGCCCCCUGCAUUCGCCCGGGACCGCAUGCGUUACAGGGCUCCUGAACGCUACGAGCGCUACUACGACGAGAGUCCCUACGACAGGCGGGGCUACGGACCACCUCCGCCCCCACACGUCAUGGACGACCCCUAUGAGCGGCGCCCCGCCCUGCCCCCUCCUCCUCCCCACGCCGACUACCUGCGCUACGGGCGCCGCUCUCCUCCUCCCCCUAGGUACCCAGCUUUGCCACCAGCUUCUCUGAGGAGUUACCCGGCUGAGAGCCGCUAUUGAUGAGGUGGAGGCGCCCGCGCGUCGUCCCUCCGAGGAAGUCGCGCGAACAUUACGGCGGUGCGUCUAGCGUAUCUCGUUGUGAGAACUAGUUUAUCGUCGGGAGAAACUCAAGCGCUCUUCCGGUGUCGUCGGGAGAAUCUGUCGGCGCUCGUCCGCUGUCGUCGGGAGAAUCUGUCGGCGCUCGUCCGGUGUCGUCGGGAGAAACUCGGCGCUCGUCCGGUGUCGUCGGGAGAAUCUGUCGGCGCUCGUCCGGUGUCGUCGGGAGGAAUUAUCGGCCGGCGCUCGUCCUGUGCCGUUUAGAAAAACUAUCGGCGGUCGUCCGGUGUCAUCAGCCGAACCUUCGGCGCUCGUCCGGAGCCGUCGAGAAAACCUUUCGGUGCUCGUCCGGUGUCGUCGGGAGAAUCUCUCGUCGCAAUAAUUUAACUUAGGGAAAACUUGGCGCUGUAACUUGUCGUCGGGAGAAACUCGUUCCUGGCAAUUUUUCGUCGGUUGAAAUUGUCAGCGUCGUUUUGCUGUAGGUGCUUUAAUUAUUAUUGUUUUAGUGUUCGGGAAUAUAUUGUUACACUGUUCCGCUUUCUGGAGGUAUCUUCGGCGAUACUUCGUUGUAGAGAUAAACUAAACUGUCAACGCUAUCCCGCUGUUGUAUAUUCAGUUGGCAAAAUUUCUGCAUGGUUGGUGGUGAGCGUCUGUCAUCUUCGGUUGUAGGGCGAUCGUGGGUUCUGUCGGUCUGAAAAGGAUGCCCUGGUAUCCCGAUUGAAGGGCGUAGGUAGGUUUGAACUCCGGAAGAAGCAUUUUAAUCAUUUAGUGUGAGAUUAGAUCGCUGUUAAUCAGAUUCAUGUAGGAAUAUUGACUGGUUCAGAUUAGUAUGUAUUGAAUAUUUCAGCCACUUAUCAUCACUAUAACACGUCAAUAUGCCGUCGACACUUUUCUCCUAGCUAUUUGCUAAAAUUUCUCUUCAAGUGCAUCGGAACUAAAUUAAAUUUUAAUUAUUGACUGUGUACGAUGCUUCAAGUAAGCUAUGUUCAGCUCAGAUUUUGAAUCUAUAAAUUCGUUUAGUUUUUCGGUAUUACAGAAUUAUGUUAAUCCCCGAAAUUAACGGAAUCGUAUUCUAGGCUAAUUUUGUUUUAAAACCGCGGAGAGAGUUGGAGUUUCCAUUAAUCGUAACAUUAGACUGGUAUUAUUAAGCGAAACAGGAAACCGUAAGUGAAAGAGAAGACUGGUAACCACCCUUUCCAUCGCUCGCACGGUCUGGUCUGUUCGAGUGUAGUCGCGUUUCUCGUGCUGGGCCUCAGUACAUCGUGGAAGUCGCGUGUGCCAGCUGUAGGUUGUAGUAAAUAAAGGCGACUUAGAUAUUAUUAUGAGGUAUUGACAGUUCAGUUGAGGCGCCUGAUAUUCUGGUGUUUAGUAAUUAAUUUGACAUCAAUCUAGGAUUUAAUCCCCUACACGUGUUUGGUUUCCUGCCUGGUAUUAUCAAGCCCGAAUCAGAUAAUGUUCAGUUGGUUAAUAGCGAGUUGCUUUUUUGGGUAUAGCAGUGGAUUGCUUUACAAUUUAGCGCCUAAUUUCAUAUCAGAGAAUUUUUUUUUUACAACUUCGAACAAAAUAGUCCUCAAAAUAGAUUCGUUUAUCUAAGGAUAAAAUUGUUCUGGUGGAGCAUCAUUUUUUGUGAAGCUGGUAAUGUUACAAUCCAUUUCUUGCGUGUCAGAGUUUCGCAUAUAUCAGGUGAGUGAAGUUGCUAAGUAGCUAGGUAAAUUUUACGGACUUCUUUCAAUUUAGCUAAAUGAGCUUAUACCAAUAACAAACUUCAAUUGCAUCAAAGUUCUAGUGAAUAGCUAAUAAUUAUUCAAGUUAGUUGGGCCCUGAUUGUACAUUAAAUAAACAAUCAGUUGUUUGCUGCAGGUAACCUGCAUAAUUUUCGUUGUCUAAUUAAAUUUUUCUGUUCUUAGAGAAAAGUCACGCUUUAUUUCUUGGAAACUUGUGAUUAGCAUUCCUGAGGGAAGGAAUUGCUUACUUAAUUAUUUCCAGUUAGUCUCUCCAUUAUCUCAUCUUAAAGCAUUGUGUAGAAUGUAUGUGUAAUUGGCAUUAUAUUCUUGUGUGAUGCCACAGUACUGAUAUAUAACUGGUAAAUCUGAUAUAUACACAUUUGUGACGAUUAGAGAAUGUAUUUUUAAAAAAUUUCCUCAACCAUGCGCAAAAUUUUUCGCCAAUUUGAUGUCUUGCUGUCUGCGCACCCAGCGGUGUUUGAACCAAUUAUUACUAGCGCAAGUAC